AUAAAUUUCCACAAAACAUUGUAUAAAAUAUAUUUUUAAUGCACACAAAGCUAAACCUUAAUUCAUGUUCUCCAAACAAAUUUUUUUUUUUUUGCAUUUUAAAAAUAUAAUAAGAAGGCUUUUUUAAGAUGGUAGCCAAAGUAGAUACAUAUUCCAUGGCUGCUUGCGCUCAUGUGCAGGUUCCUUUUCUGAACAGGGGAAGGUAGGGAUAAACAACAAGGAAAGAUCGCCGUCUGCUUCUGCGAACAACAUCAGGAGGCCACGCGUAACGCGUCGGCGAAACUAAAGCUUGCCCACUAGCGGAAAGUCUCUUUCGCGUUUGCAGACGCCAUUCUUCCAGCAAGAAAAAGAAAAUUCAAGCACUCCCACUUUCCCCUCUUCCUCUCGUAGCACAGAACGAGAGGGUGGGGUUGAAUUUGUUCUCCUUUCUGUAUUUCUUUUGUGGGGCUGAAUUUGGUUGUGGGUAACCGUCGCCAUGAACGAGAAGGCCGGCGUUUCCAAGGAGCUUAAUGCGAAGCACAGAAAGAUAUUGGAUGGACUUCUGAAAUUACCAGAGAACAGGGAAUGUGCCGACUGCAAAAGCAAAGGCCCAAGAUGGGCUAGUGUAAACCUGGGAAUCUUCAUAUGCAUGCAAUGUUCAGGGAUUCAUAGAAGUCUUGGAGUACACAUAUCAAAGGUCAGAUCUGCUACGCUGGACACAUGGCUUCCAGAUCAGGUUGCAUUUAUCCAAUCAAUGGGGAAUGAGAAAUCAAAUAGCUACUGGGAGGCAGAGCUACCGCCUAACUAUGACAGAGUUGGAAUAGAGAAUUUCAUUCGUGCAAAGUAUGAGGAGAAAAGAUGGGUUCCCAGGGAUGGAAAAACAAGAUCACCUUCAAACUUGGUUGAAGAGAAGACUUCAGUUCAUAGAUUGAGAACUGGGAGCAGUGGUGGGCAUGGUUAUACCAAUCAUAGUGAUCACUCUUCUGUAGAGAGGAAGAACACCCAUCUGCCCAAUACAAACAACAGUUUUCCUAGUACAAAAAAUAGUAUUCCAGUGCUACCUAAAGUAUCUGAACAGGUCACUCUUGAUCCAAAACCACAAGAUGUUAUGCAAAAUUCAGAAACAGCAUUCUCAAAGACUGAACCAGUUAAACCAGCAGCUAACAUUAGCUCAGUUGUCUCACCACCCAAAGUUGAUUAUGCUACUGAUCUUUUCAACAUGUUGUCUAUGGAUGACUCUAGAGAAAAUGGCUCCGAGACUUCUUCUGCAGAUGACAAUGCAUGGGCCGGAUUUCAGACUGCUGAAGCAACAUCAGCUCCAGAGAAAAUUGUUUCAUCAAAAUCAACUGAAGGAAAAACCCAAUCCAGUUCUGGAUUUGAGGAUCUAUUUAAAGAUGCACCUUCAUUCCAGCCUCUUCUUUCAGAGAAACAAAAGGAUGUGAAGAAUGACAUUAUGAACCUUUUUGAAAAGACGAAUAUGGUUUCUCCAUUUUCUGUCCAUCAACAACAACUUGCAAUGCUAGCCCAACAGCAGUCUUUUCUCAUGGCUGCUGCAGCAAAAACUAAUGGUGGGUCCCAGACAUUUCCUGGCAAUUUGCAUCUACCUGUCUCCAACGGUGUCCAUUUACCUGCUCAGAAUUGGACUGGCAUUGGCCAUCAAGUUCCUGGACCAGCAAUGCCACUACCUGAGUUACAAAAGAAUAUGCAGAUGGGAAGUAUUCAGCCAUCUCUUCCUGCAAGAAAUGCUGUUCCUUUUGCAACAUCCAGCGUGUAUACUGCAAGGGCAGUAGCCCCAGUGAGCAGUGUGGCGACAACUGGAGCAACUAGGCCUCCUUCAGCAUCGCCAGUAUCGUCUGGAAAAGAUUACGAUUUUUCAUCCUUAACGCAUGGGAUGUUUACGAAACGUUGAGCAAUUGCUGCCCAGACUUGGGAGAACCGAUUUUUUAUUUCUUUUUCUUUUCACAUAGCAGAAAUAGUAAAAUUGAAGGGAAAUUAGCAUUUGAGGGGGGUGCUUUGUUGUGGUGUUGUUUAGUUCUUGUUGUGGGUUGGGCGCUCUUCGAUAUUCGCGAGGGCAAAGAAUCCAUUUUAUUUGGUUGGUGCUGUAUGGUUUCAUUUGUAUGGGCAGUUUGUUAUAAUAAAGUUGGCUUCAAAUUGCUUGGAGUUGCAUUUGAUAUGGA